AUGAUAACUCCUGCAAUUACUCAUGCGAAUGUUGGGCAUAUGGUUUUUAACAUGAUCGGACUAUUGGUAGAGUUUUUGCUGAAGUUGUAUGUAGCUGGAGCUAUUGGUGGCUCAGUCUUUUACUUGGUGCACCAUACCUUCCUGAACCUGAUUACUCCAACAGAGGUACAACGAUUAUCAAGGACUAAGUUGGGCGCAAGUUGUGCUGUUAAUGCUAUCAUGUUGCUUGAUAUAUUCCUCCACCCCACAGUUCCUGCGGUGCUGCUGGGGAUCUUUCUAAUUGGGAAGGAUAUUCCAAGGAUAAUGGAGGGAAACAUUCAUGUCUCAGGAUCUAGACACUUGGGCGGCGCUGCAGUAGCAGCCAUAGCCUGGGUACGACUUCGGAUGGGGCUUCGGACUCGGGCCGCCCACCACGGCUUCGUCACCGGAGGAAUCGACCUCGACGACUCUGUCCAGAUUGGAGUCGACCUCGACGACUGGCUGGUCCUAGUCCAGCACCACUUCACCGUCGAUCAUAGUAACGACCACAACGCCGAAUUCAAAGUCGACAAUUUCUCCGUCGACGACGACGGCGGUUCCACUCCCAAGUCCUCCUCUGCCGUGGCGAUUCGUCGAACACCUCGAGCUACAGGUCCACCAGUAGCAUCCGGAAACUCGAUCUCAUCCCACUCCAAAGCGAUGACUGACCUCGGUGGAUCGGCUGGUCCAGGUGACGUAGAAGAGGUGAGUGAGUGA